AUGAAUAACUCAAUUUACAAAAGUGUUCGUUUGCUUGCAGAAGGUGAAAUACGUUCGGAGCAACAUUAUGGUCCUUAUGCUUGUGACUGGUGGUCACUGCGACUAUUUAAUAGCGAAGAUAAUAUUUCCAAUUCUGUUCCAUAUAGACUUUAUAUGCACAUUAGUUUUAUACUUAACCAAUGCCAAUUUUAUCUAAAAGUAGUUCAAAAUGAUGAAAAUCAAUUGCAACCUGGGUUUGUUUGUUUUAGUAGUAAUGAAACAAGUAAGAUUUGUUUAACACUAUCUCAAUCUAUUAACAGCAUUUAUCGUAUAAUUUUUGAAACAAAGACAACAUAUUCAGAGCCUGAGAUUCUUAGGCUUAAUGAUGAAAAAAUAGUCAAGAAAUUGUUAAUUGGUGUAUUAUUUAGAUCUAUUUUUUUAAAUAUUAGAAAUCAUAUUUUAGUAGUAUUGAAAAUAGAAGACUAA